GUAUUACACACCCGGUGCCCACAGUUGUAGACUCCGCCCCUCACAGCCUCCAUCGAGAGAAAUGGCGUCCUCCCAGAAGGCUGUGCAGAUGUCGCUGGGCGCUGUGCGCUCUCUGAGCACCGGCAUGACCCGCCUGCAGGCGGCCUCGGCCCAGGGCAUGCUGGCGUCCAGCCAGGGUGCGGCGGGCCAGAUGGAGAAGCCUGUGAUGGUGGCCACCCAGGUCCCCAUUCUGGGCGCCUCUCCCUCGGCGAUCGCUAGCGGCAUCCGCGCUUCCGCGAAGGCCUCUCCCAUGUCGCUGGCCCCUCAGCGCUCCAUGAGCGUGCUGGCUGCCUCCAAGAUGGUGGGCGCUGGCUGCGCUACCAUCGCCCUGGCGGGUGUCGGUGCCGGUCUGGGCGUGAUGUUCGGCUCGCUCAUCAACGGCGCUGCCCGCAACCCCAACAUUGCUAAGCAGCUGGUCGGCUACGCUCUGCUGGGCUUCGCCCUGACGGAGUCUAUUGCGCUGUUCUCGCUGCUGGUGGUGUUCCUGAUUCUGUUCGCUUAGAUGGUAUCACUUCUCGGCGGCUGGAGCGGCGAGCUUUCGGACAGAUUCGCGGAGCUCUCGGACUCGGGGGUGGCGCGGAGCUGGAGGAGCGGUCUCGGGUUGGGACCAGGGGCUUACGUGUGUAUUAGGGCACCGUGUCGGGGUGGAAGCCCCACACGCGGUACAACCCGUGUGACACGGAUUUAGAAUAGAUGUGCUUAACAACAUGCGAAUGUGUGAGUUGCUGAGCGUGCACUCGAGGAGGUUGCCAUGUGGCGGGCAUGGGACACAGGGCGUGUCGUGCGAUGGCAGAAUGGCGGUAUCGCUGUCGUGCCAGGUGUGGGAUCGAGGGCGGCAUUCAGAUAUUAGUAUAGGACAGAACAUGUGGUGCGAGGUGGCGGUGUUUCCGCUGUGUUGCGCGCAGGCAAUGCAAUGAUAUGACGUAGGAGACGCAGAGUCUCAGUUUGUCAGGGCCGAGAUGCUGUAGCAGCUUGAAGCUCGA